GCUGCUGCGAAUUUUUGUUCGAUAUCUGGCUUCGCGAGUUGUGUUUGUUGAGGUUUUGUUUAAACACCCUAUCAAACAGGGAUUCUAGCCCACCACGUAUUUGCGAACUCAUUUGUCAGCAGAAAGCGAAAGGACUGUAUUUGUGCAGCUCCCAAAACUGAGAAAUGGCUCUGUGGAUAUUUGGCUUGGCGGCUACCGUGGUGGUUGUAUGGAUAGCGAAAUUCAUUUACCAAGACCGCCGGGAGCGCUCACGGUUGCCUCCCGGUCCGCCAGGGAAACCGAUAAUCGGCAACAUGUUUCAGAUGAUGGGGGAAAAUCGACAAAAUAAUUUAAUGAACGCCGGAAAAAAGUUUGGGGGAAUUUUUACACUUCAAAUUGGCGUCCAAUACAGUGUUGUGAUAACGUCAUAUCGAUUGUUUCGGGAAGCCGUGAUCGACAAAGCCUGGGAGUUUGCUGGACGACCGCCGGAAGUACGAUUUGGCGAUCUGCAACCCGGCAUUAUCGCCGGUGGUGUGGAUACUGACGAUCGAGAAGUGCGGCGCUUCACGCUGCUGACCUUGCGCAGUUUCGGUUUCGGUAAGGCUGACAUGGAGAACAUCAUCCUCCAGGAAGCCGACACCCUGAUUGACCAUUUCCGGAACACCAACGGCGCGCCCUUUAACCCGCGCCUACCAAUCACCAACGCCGCAGCUAAUGUAAUCUCUGCCAUUUUACUGGGAAAAUCGUUCCAGUAUGGUGAUCCGGAAUUCCGUGUGGUUAGCGAAGCGAUGACCGAAGGAAUCAAAUUGGUCCUGGUGGCUGCACGGCGCUCUUCUUUUCCCAUAUUAAAUUAUCUACCGCUCGGCAAAGUCAAGAAAUUUAUUGAGAGCUUCCGCUCCAGUGUCAACUUUCUGAAAAAGGUUGUCCGCGAACACGAAGACACACGGGUACCGGAUGUACACCGGGAUUUCAUUGACGCAUGGCUGGACCACGCUCAGAAACCCGGUAGCCCAUCGGGGCAGGCAUUCACGGCGGAAAAGCUGGAGUCGUCUUUGCUGGAUCUUUUUGGCGGCGGAUUCGAGACAACAGCAACGACAUUGCAAUGGACCAUAGCCAUGCUUCUGCAUCAUCCAGAGGUACAAGAUAAAAUCCAUGAGACUUUGGAUCGUUCUACCAGCCGUGGCGCACAAAUAACUCUGCAAGAUCGCGAAGCAUUGGCUUAUGUCGAAGCAGUCAUAUGGGAAACGCUACGAAUGUACACCGUCAUCCCGUUUGCUGUGCCGCAUAUGAGCACAGAAGACGCCGCUAUCGGACGCUACACGAUACCAAAAGACACUCGUGUUGUAUUGCAUUUGCACUCCAUUCACCACGACCCGGAUUUGUGGGAAGAGCCAGAAACAUUCAAACCCGAACGGUUUGUAGUUAAUGGGAAACUGCAUGCUCCGGAUUACUUUAUACCCUUUUCGGCUGGACGACGAUCCUGCAUUGGUGAGCAGUUGGCACGCAAGGAAGUAUUUCUGGUGUUUGCCAAUUUGAUGCAGAAUUUCAUCUUCUCUGUACCUAAAGGCCAGGGUUUACCGUCGCUUAAGAUGAACGACGCCGUAGUGAUGUAUCCUGAUCCCUUCGAUGUUGUGGUAACGCCUCGUUAAUGACAACGACGUUUUACAAUAGUGUUAAUUACAAUUACAAUAGGGUAAUUUAUGUUAUUUUUGUAAUCUUAAUAUGAUAACGAUUUUAUAAUUAUGCCACAAUCGGAAAAAACUUGUCGACGAUCAGAACUGAUUGCAUUGCAGUGACUGGAUAUGCAGAAAGUGUUUCGUGAAUGUAGCUACUGAUGUGAGCAUAGUUCUGUACCGAAAUAAAAGCUUACUCGUAGGAA